GUAUCGCUGAGUGAGGCUCACUGUUGGACGCUUGGUUACAAACACGUCCUCAGUCUUCUUCUCUUCUCUUUUCACUCCUCAGACACCAUCCUUGGUCCAGAGAAGUUUGAAGGUAUGGCGAACUUCAGCACCUUCCUAUUGGACCAUUCAUCAGGCAUGCUGUUCCUGGGCGCCAGGGAUGCCAUACUGGCUGUGGACACAUACAAGCUGAACCAACAACCCCGAAAGAUUAUUUGGGAUGUGCCCGAGGAGAAGAGGAGGUCUUGUGUGGCAAAGGGGAAGACUGAGGUUGACUGCUACAAUUACAUCCGCCUGCUGGAGUUUCUGGGUGACGGACGCGUCUACGUGUGUGGCACCUAUGCCUUUGACCCGCAGUGUGCCUUCCUGGAGCUCUCCUCUUUCACCCUGGAAAGAACAGAAGACGGCGGGGUGAAGAUGGAGACUGGGAAGGGCAAGUGUCCCUUUGAGCCCAGUCAGCACUACACAGCUGUAAUGGCAGGUGGUACCCUAUACACUGCAGCCACCAGUAACUUCCUUGGAACGCUGUUUGACAUCUCCCGGGCAACGGGCCCUGAGCAGGAGCGGAUCCGAACUGAACGCUCCAUCAACUGGCUCAGUGACCCAGAGUUCGUGAGCUCAUCCUUUAUAGAGCAAUCUCAAGACAGCAACCCAUCAGGAGAUGAUGACAAAAUCUACUUCUUCUUCACUGAGGUGGCCAAAGAGUACGACCUCUACACCAAAGUCAAAGUGCCAAGAGUGGCACGAGUCUGCAAGUCUGACGUGGGAGGGAUGAAGACCCUGCAGCGGCGUUGGACCACCUUCCUCAAGGCUGAGCUGGUGUGUGAGGACAGACCCAGCGGCCAGCGCUACAACAUCCUGACCGAUGUUUUCACCACACAGCACACGCCAGGCGACCCCAGCAGCACACACUUCUACGGACUCUUCACUUCCCAAUGGGAGCGUGAAGAAUUAUCCGCAGUGUGUGUUUUCAGUCUGUCUGACAUCAACAAAGUGAUAGACGGUCCCUUUAAAGAGCUCAAGAAAACCUGCGAGAACUGGAUCAACCCUGAACCCGUCCCCACGCCACGGCCGGGCCAGUGUUUGAACAGUGCUCUGAAGGCUGAGGGGUACGAGUCCUCCCUUAAACUCCCUGACAAGGUGCUGACAUUCGUGAGAGACCACCCACUGAUGGAGAACAGCGUCACCGCAGCGCCCCUUCUGGUCCGCAAGGGAAUCACAUACACCAAACUGGCUGUCACUCAGACGGGCAGUGGAGAGGAGCGGAGAGGAGCAGUGCUGCACCUCGGAACAGACCGUGGGGAGCUCCACAGGGUCGCAGUAGUGGGCCAGAACACCACCUUACUGCAGGAGAUUGCUUUGUUUACAUCACAGGAGCCUGUUAAUAAUAUCCUACUCCACCAGGGCCGGGCUCUGGUGGGCAGCCCUCUGUCACUGGCUCGUGUCCAGGCUGAAGGCUGCGCUCUGUAUCCCAGCUGUCAGGUGUGUGCCAGAGCCAGAGGACUGGGCUGUGUGUGGAGCACAGUGGAGGAAGCCUGCAGGCGUACAACAGCAGACCCUGGUCCUGGUGAUAUAGUGGAUGAAGCCUUAAGAAAAUGUGACAAAGAAGAAGGGCGUUGCACACCGUCCAUCAGGGAGCUUCGAGUGUCUGUUGGUCUGCGCCUCCUGUUGCCAUGUGUCCAGUUGUCUCCCAGGCCCUGCAGCUGGGAGCAUCCUCCCCACAGACAUACCAGGCAGCACAACUCGGACCUGGAGGUGACUGUGACGGAAGACAGCCUGGGACGAUACAUCUGCACAUGUCAGGAGGCGGGGCCAGGUAUCAGAGAUCCCACCCCCUGCCGCAGAGCAGCCUAUCAGCUGACAAUAGAAGGUCCCAACGCUGGAGGAGCCGUGGCAGCAGCAGGAGGCCGCCACGUCCUUGCCGUCUACAUCCUUUUCUUCGUCGGGGGUUUAGUGUUCGGCGUCGCUCUCCUGUACUUCGUGAUGCGUCGCCGCAAUUUUGGUCGCCAGGGCAACCACCUGCCGGAUAAUUCCCUGUCGUCAGAGAAAGGGCGGGACUUGCUGGGCUCCUCGGCCACGCCGCAGUCUCCGAGCAGCGACAGCCUGAUGUCCGAGGGAUUCAGGUUGACGGAGAAGCGCAACGGUACGGCAACCACGAACACGACCACAACGCUCCUCAGCAGCCACGGCAACGGCGCUCACCAGUGCAACAGCUACAGCGGCACCCUGAUCCAAAGCAACUCCAGCAACGGCCAUGGGAAUUCACUGUACGCCAACUGUAACACGAGCAGCAGCGGGCUCAAGUUCUCCGAAAUAUUGACUGCAGACCUGCUGGAUGGAAGGACAGGGGAGAGGGGGAGGAGGAGGUCAAAAGGGGUGGAGAGGGAUUCAGGGGAGGGGGACGACGUGGAUGAGGGGCUGGGGGACGGGGUCGGCGACGGAGUAAGAGGACUAGAGGAGGAGUUGGCCAGCUUCCCUAUGUUCAAAUCACCAGCCCCACUGGCCAAAUGUGAAGAAAGUUCAAUAUGAAAAAGGGGGAUAAAAACGCACUACUGAUCGCACCAUUUUGCAUCCCCAAAAAGACUGAAUACGGCUGGGAGGAAUGAAGAAUGGCUCCUGCCAAAUGCCUUUUUCACUGGAGCUGAGACACGGAGAGGUCUCUCUCAAGAUGUAUGUGGAGUAAUAUAUCUUUUAUCUUUAAGCAUGUGAGAGAGAUGUGCCGAAGGAAAUGCAAGACAGAAAGCCUGUUUCAUUGUUGUGAGUCGCUCGGGAGGAGCCACGACUUUAAUAAAUGUUAACAUGUAAUUAUUAUAAAAGAAAAAUGUAAAUAUGAGCAGUCUGAACAAGGCUGCGGAACAAAGACAGAGAGUGAUGUCGCACAAUUUGUCUGUGCAAAGAAUCAAAGAUGAAGCGUCUUCAUGUCAUGACAUGUAAAAAAAACAAAAAAAGAAGAAGAAGAAGCCAUAUUGAUAUUCUCCUUCACCCGGUCGUUGCUCUCUCAUUCUCUUGAGGUGUCUGUCUUUAUUUAUAUUCCCUACCUUGACACGCCACUCAUCUCCCAGACAAUGAUUGGAGCACCAAAGGACUGCUGCACUAUAAAAACUGACCAGUGAGACUUCUAAACUGAAGCUGGAACUAAUAAGGAGGCAGGAGGACACUGCAGAGCCCUCAGGUGGGCUACAGUGACAAUGUGGGGCUGCCCCCCCCCCCGCCUGCCGCGACUGCUUCUCAGGUAAAAGGAUGAGAGGGUUGGAGUCAGAGCUAUGUACGUGUGGAGAGCUUGUGACGCACAGCAGGAUGUAUGAAAAUGACUGCAGCCCUUAAUCCGCCAAUGCCAACAGGGAGGCAGACGGUUUUCAAAAAGGACCUGGAAAAUCACGUCAGUCUCACAGAAUGGACCUAUAGCCCGGGGACACAAUCCACCAUCAGCGUGUUUUAUGAGUGUGGGGUUUUAACAUGAAGAUGUAUUGUUUUUUGUCAUGUCGUUUUGUAAUAAAGCCUCCAAAAUCUGUUGUUAA